AAUGCCAAGAACACCAUGGAGAUCGGUGUUUACACCGGCUACUCUCUCUUAGCUACGGCCCUUGUUUCCCCUGAUGAUGGAAAUAUAGUUUUUUUAGCUAAUGAUUGGAUUUAUCCUUUAAAAACACGAGAAAUAUCACCCAGUUUUUGUUUGUUUAAGAUCUUGGCCAUGGAUAUUAACAGAGAAAACUACGAGCUGGGUCUGCCUGUUAUCCAAAAAGCUGGUGUUGCACACAAAAUUGAUUUCAAAGAAGGACCUGCAAUGCCGGUUCUUGAUGAAUUAGUCCAAGAUGAAAAGAACCAUGGAUCCUUUGACUUCAUCUUUGUGGAUGCUGAUAAGGACAACUACAUAAACUACCACAAGAGGCUGAUUGAGCUGGUGAAAGUUGGUGGUUUGAUUGGCUACGACAACACCCUAUGGAACGGCUCGGUGGUGGCGCCACCUGAUGCUCCUCUCAGGAAGUAUGUUAGGUAUUACAGAGACUUCGUUUUGGAACUUAACAAGGCUCUUGCUGUCGACCCCAGGAUCGAGAUUUGCAUAAUUCCUGUUGGUGAUGGAAUCACCCUUUGCCGUCGCAUCAAAUGAACCACCGUCAUCGUCACCACCGUCUCUUCCCCCCCUCCCUCUCUCUCCCAAGUUUGCCUUUCGUUCUGUCUGUUUUAACUUCUAAUUUGGCAAUUUAUAAUUGUGUAUUUUUAAAAAAAAAAUCAUAAUUGACGGCGAAUAAUUAGUAGAG